CACAGACACACUGAGAGAAACAACAAACACAGGACAGGGUGUGCAGUGCUACAAGUGCAACCAGUUUGUGGAUGGAGAACAUUUUUCGGAGCACCUGAUGGACUAUCAUGCAGAAGAAAAAUGUGACACCUGUGGAGCCAAUGUAGAAGAUCACCAAGAAGCUGGCUGGUGAAAUAGGAGGGAGUGCAGCUUGGAUGACCAACAUUGGCAACGAGUUUGGGGAGGUUCUGAACUCUGUUCUGACAACUGGUGAAGGUGCAGGGUUGGAAGAGUUGUGCCAGGGCAUCGUCACCCGCUACAAAAAUGCAGGCCAAGCUGAACCUGAGGUCAUCUAUGUUGACCGGGACUGUUGCAACCAGUCAGGCGUGUCUUCUGUUACUAAGCUCUUCCACCCAUGGAGGUCUGCAGUGCGCUUGGACAGCUUCCAUUUCAUGAGGCGCUUUAACUGUGGCCUUACCACAGAACACCACCCCCUCUAUGGCACCUUUUGUACCAAGCUGUCAGCCUGCAUUUUUGAGUGGGACCAGGAUGAUGUGCACCGCCUGAAGGAGGCCAAGAUAGAGGAGUGGAAGAGCACCCACAGUGGAUAUGCCCCGUCUGAGGAACAGCUUAUGGCCACCAUUAGCUCAGCGGAACUGAAGAGACACUGUAGGAGGAGGACACGUGGAGUGGAGGAGAUGCGGCGUAUGAUUUCAGGGCUGCUGGAAUCAGUUUGGGAGCUCACAGACACCACAGGGCUGCGUUUGGUGAGCCAUGACGCCAUGCAGCAUAUUUGGAAGGUGCAGCAGAAGCACUUGGAGUGCCUCCAAGACCCACCAGGUGUUGCUUUAUACACGAAGGUGGGGACACUCCAAAAGGGGGGCAAACAGCUGGACAUCCUUCGGUGUGGGAGAGGGUCCUCCUCCUUGGAGAGUUUUCACCGACACCAGUGCACUUUUGUUCCAGGCUGGCGGUGCAAUGCAUUACAUAUGCAGAUGUACAUGAUAGAGGGGCUAGCAAGGUGGAACAUGAGCCGUGCCAAGGAGGGAGUAGAAGUCGAUGGGGCCUCAAACAUCAGAAGCUUUGAUGUUCGCUUGAUGUCCCACCUCAACAACUUGAGCCAGCGCAUCUGUGGUUCUGCUCUAGUGGCAGAAUUUACUCCACCCAGGAGACCUACCGAUGAGCGUAUAGCUGUGGAUUAUUUAUUGGCCCAGACCAACAGAGGGGACUUGCUUUCUCCUUCACGUGUCCCCGAAAUCUCCGCACUGGUUUUUGAGGAGGACGAAGAGGAGGCUGAUUGCGACACCCACGUGGAGGAAUUGGAGGCAGAGGCGGAGGAGGCAGAUUCUACAAUUCUGUCUACUGAUCAGUUGUCGAGAGGUGACACUGAAUCAGAAGUCCUCGCCACAGAGACAAGCCAAUGUGACUCCAGAGGAGUUGUGGGCUGGGAGGCUGUCGAUGUCCUGGCAGCCUACUUCGUUGGCCUGAACCGCACCAUCACAGCUUUGUCAACGAAGGAGGAGAUCGACAUAGUCCGCCUGUACACCAAUCUUCACGACAUGGACAAGGCGCCUUCAAGAUACACCCAGAAGGCUAGAAAGAAGGCACGUGUUUCAGCAGGACCAUGGAGAUCACCCAGGAAGCCGAGUGGCUCUGCUCCUGGACAGCAGGCGGCAGAAAGACUUUACAUGACUCACGGCCAAGCAGCCCAAGACCCUGAAGUCAACAGGGUCAGUGAGUGUGUUUGCCUCAGACUUGCCAAAGAGUUUGAGCAAGCACGCAACAGGCCAAAGGACACAAAGGGGAAAAUCCUGCCCAUCCCUCAGUCUAUUGUGAGCAUCUACAGCCACAUCAGACAGCUGCUGGAGGACAGCAAGGUUGUGCAGAACAAGACAAACUUGGUUCUGGUGCCAGUUAACAACACCACCGUCUCUUCAUGGCUGCUUAGGAGGGAUAAGAGGAAGGACAGGGACAUGCUGCUGCAAGGCACUGCACUUCCCAAACAGCUGCACCUCGCCAAAGAGCCUCUCCCAGCAGUGAACAGACUCCCGGCUGCCCCUGUGCAACAUGCACAUGAAGUAAUGACAUUUGAAGAGCCCGAAAACCGUGAGGGAGAAGCUUUCCCCCGCCAGCGUACUCUGGGAACCCAGAUGGAGCCUGAGCGUUCUCAGUCUGUGUUGUGCCCUCCACAAUACAGGCCACCUCCAUUCCAGUAUCCUCCAUUUCAUCAUUCCUCCCAAUUUCUGCACCCUCAGUUUGCCCAUGCUCCCCAAUUUGCCCAAUUUACACAUGCUCCUCCAGUGCAGAAUCCUCUGUUGAACAAUGCUCCUCCAGGAGAGCAAGCGGUUUCUGGUCCAGGUUCGUCUCAAGCAUGCCCUCCAUUCCAGCCCAGGCAACGUAAAUGGAGGCUGAAUAAAGCUGCACUUGAGGAUGAACAACGUAUGUCAACAGGGGAACCACCAAAGAAGAGGCUGUCGAAGCAAAAUUACCAUUAUACAUGCAAGCAGUGUGGCCAGGACAAAAGCAAAAGGACUGGACACUCACAGGUCAAGGGGCGAUGGUACUGUCCUGCCUCAGGAAUGACAAUAGAUGACUGGAAGAAGAAUUUACAAUAGUUCGUGUCCUGUUUGCACACACAAUAUUUUAUUUCAUAUGGAUGACUUGUGGAGGAAUUUGCGGUAGUUGGUGUCACCAAUAUUCGUGAGUUUGUACUUUACCUCUGGUUUGGACACGUUCAUUUGUACUUCAAUGUUUUUUAUAUAUAUUUUAUAUGCAAAUCCUAUUUGCUCAAAUUCUUUGCACUGUUGUCUUUUUAGAUUUUUUUUUAUUACUAUUUUUGAUGGAUAUAUUUUUCAUAUGCACAUCCUGUUUGCACAAGUUCAUUUGCACUAUGUUGUCUUUUAGAUUUUGUUACUAUAAUAUACAUAUCUACGGCAUCAAUAUCCUACCCUGAACAACCAGUACGCACACUUUACGUAUUAUACGCAUUCUAAAAAUCUGUUAUUACUAUAUGGUCAUGUUAUUAUUACCUGCCUUCUCCUUUUGUAAUUUGUUUUCUGAAUUCAGGAAGAAUGUUCAAGUGUCCUUUUAUUUUAUAUGGAUAUUUUUUUAUAUGCACAUCCUGUUUGCUCAUUCAUUUGCACUAUGUUGUUUUACAGAUUUUAUUUUUUAUUACCUUUUUAUAUGGAUAUUAUUUUCAUAUGGACAUCCUGUUUGCACAAGUUCAUUUGCACUAUGUUGUCAUAGAGAUUUUAUGACUAUUAUAUACAUAUCUAUAUCUAGGACAUCAAUGUCCUACACUGAACAACCAGUACGCACACUUUACGUAUAAUACGCAUUCUAAAAAUAAAUAUCUCUCUUCUUA